ACUGUCACUUCGUCUUUAUCCGAGUAAGCGCAUUAGCAGAAUUCAAAAGUAAGGGAUAAUCAAAACAUGGAGGCUGCUGGUGCGUACGGUGGUGGAAAAGCCGGGGGAACCUUUGAUCCGAUUUCGUUUGUGCAAAGACCGCAAGUUAUACUUCGAGCAGUAUGUUGGCUCUUCUCUGUCAUCAUAUUUGGAUGUAUAUCAUCUCAGGGUUGGAAAUUUGACCUUGCAAAGAAAAGGCAUCUUUGUCUCUACAACGAUGACGCUAAUGCAUGUAAUUACGGCGUUGGAAUAAGUGUUAUAGCAUUUUUGGCCAGUAUGGGACUGCUUGUUGGGGAAUAUCUUUUUGAACAGAUGUCAUCAGUCAAGACAAGGAAGCACUUCGUGCUGGGUGAUUUGGGAUUCUCUGCUUUCUGGGCAUUCCUCUAUUUUGUUGGAUUUUGGUACCUUGCUAGCCAGUGGGGAAAAUCCGAACCACCUCCAAACGGUGUUGGUGUAAACAACGUUCAGGCUGCCAUAGCUUUUUCAUUUUUUUCCAUAUUUGCAUGGGCUGGUUCUGCAUUUUUCGCGUAUCAACGUUUCCGUCAGGGUGCUGGAGCAGCUUUUGCUACCAAUUACGAGAACGAAGCGGGAAUGCCCGCGUCGUAUCCCUCUUACCCUGGAGGACCCGAAACGGAUACACCCUAUCAAGAACCACCUUUCUCGGCUGGGCCUAACCAAAGAGGUCAAACAGAUUUCCAAGCUCCAACUUACUAAGAAAGAGUCGGCGGACAUUUUAUUUUUCCAAAGAGUCGACGACUACCUUAGUGGAGAAAACCAGGUUUCGAUGAUUUUACCUAUAAACGGUUACAGUCAUUAUUGUACUUAGGAAUAUUCAAACAAACAAGUAUUAUUACACCUCAAAUAUUAUGGUUUCUUGUACAAAAUAAUUGACGAUCGUGUAAAAUUGACUUAGGAGUUAGCAAUUGAAGGGACUGUUGUACUAAAUUUCUGGUUCCAAAAAGUAAUUCAAUGAAGUGAAAAAAUAGUAUGUCAGAGUGUAACAUUUUACAUUCAUUCAAGCGUGUACAAAAUUUAUCAGUCUUUCAACCAAAAAGUAGUUGUCUUCAGUAAUUCGAUAUUAAACAUUAACGAGAAACCAUAUAAAACAAUUGAGGCCCUCAGCAACGGUGGCCUAAGCCACAAAUUGAUGAUUUUUAGAUUAAUAUAUCAAUAAAAGCAGCAACAUUAAAUCUUCGGAUUAGCAGGGGCCUACACAACCUACCUCUAUAUUUGGCUAGAUGGCGCUACAUAAUUUGUAGCGCCAUCCCAUAAACAUAAUGAAAAUACGAAUGCAAAGGUUGAAUUUAUCUCGAAACUUCGUUUUUGUGUUUAGGCCACUGUUGCUCUGAUAGUCUUAAUUCUGCUUUAUAGUUAUCUGUUGAAGCUCAUCCGGUUGUAAAUGUCAACAGCGUUGCCAAGAUUUGAUUUUUUACCAAUUAUUACAUAAAACAUUUGAUAAUCAAACCUCAAUGCCAAUACAAUAUCACCUAUUACAUCUGUUCUAACCUGAUGCAUUUGUUUUUUUUGAUAGACAUCUAGCCUUAGUUGAAAAAGUAAGAUUUUAAUUAAAACUUUUUGAUUAUCUUGAUUCUGAAUAUGUUUAUUUUAAAAAUAAUUGCAUUCAUAUAUAUAAUAAACUGAAGUACAUAUUAUAUACCUAAAAACGAAAUUUUUGCUAGUGAUGAUCUGUUUUGAUAUUUUUGGAACUUGUGAAUUUUACUCCAGCCCCUUCAAAAAUUCACAGUAUCGAUUACAUUUGAUAGUUUAUAACACUAUUAAAAGAGACGUAAUAACUUUAACAAUUAUUAAUACAUAUUGGUUUUGUAUGUAUCAGUUCUUAAGGACUCAGUUGUUUAUUCGUAGUCCUAUUGUUUUCUGUCUUAGUCAGGUGAUUACCAAAAUUCUUAUCAUAAAAAUUGUCACACGAUAUGUUGUUAGUUCCGCCAAAAAUUACGUAACGUUUGAACUACUGAAAAAUUACGUAACGUUUGGUGGAUACCGGCAGUAAGUUUAGUGAAGUUCCAAACCGUGCUGUAACGUUGAUGUGCACUAUUUUUUUUUAUUUUUGAUUUAACCCAUUCGCUUCCCGCGUUAGCGAGUGAUAUGGUUACUUCAGUCAGGUGCCGUUCAAGCGCCAGCGAGUUCUAUUGUUACUUCAAUUAGGUGCCGUUCAAUAAAAUGGCUCCUAGCCUAGUUGUAUCCUCUUCUAUAGGCAGCGAAUGGGUUAAGGGAGAGAUCCAGAGUAAAUUUCUCUUUUCGAAAAGUUAUUUCGAAAAUCGAAACGAUUCAUUACCAAAACAUAAAAGCCUAUAAAUGCGAAUUUACUUUUUAAAAAUAAUGGUGUCUAUAUGGCGACCGUUUAUUCAUAGCAUUCUUACAAACAUCCGCGUAAGUGUGCGAACACAUCACGUUGAUAAAACGCAAUUGGAAUGUUGUUUUUGCUAUCGCAAAUCCAUUCUUUUAGUUAAGCAAUGGAAGCAGGGGAAUCAACGCAGACUCGGCUUUUCAAGUAUGUCCAUACAAAGAAAUCUGGAGACGUGAGGUCCGGCGAUCGUGGAGGCCGUAUAAGGUGAAUAAUUUUCUAGGGAUCAAGAGCAAAUCCUGCUUUGAAAUGCGUUGCACGUUGGAAGGCUAAUAAGUAUAAUUUUCAUGUUUUUAUUAUUGUUUAUUAUCGCUAUUACCAAUAGGACAGAAAAUAAUGGGGUUAGUGCUAGUUAUGAUAAGUGAUUUUUUUUUUUUUUCGUUUGAGUCCUUUCAGCGUGCCAUAUAAUAACUGGAAUAUUGUCUGUGCAGUUUUUAGUUUCUUUUUAACUUUAAAGAUUAAUCAAGAAUUACUAAAAUAUUUCACGAUUAUGGGUAGUUAUUUCGGGAGUUUUCAUGCAGUGAACUAAGUCAGUUAUUCACGUUAUUCUUUCCCUGCCAUUGUGAUUUCUUAAUGAGGCUAGUUUGUUGAGCAGAGCAAACUAUGAAGUGAAGAUUAGUAAAGAUAUUCAAGAAAUGAAACUAAGAACUUUUAUUACAAAUAAUGAAAUAUAUGAAAUAAUUAUAAAAAAUAAAAUAAUUGUGAUAUAUUCUUUAUUUACCUCAGGCUUGUUAUCGUUUUGAGUGUUCUUUGCAGGAUAUCCACUUUUACUUCUGAUCUUUGGAGGAUUCACAGGUUUCUUGUAUUGGUUAGUUCUUGAGAAAUCCACUGUAGAGUCAAGACAGGCUCGUGAUUGACAGUACAUAGACCUAUAUAUUCACAGUUGGUCUAAUUGAACAAGACAAUCAUAAGUCAAAACUUGAGUCAUCAAAACGACUUGAUGUCGUUCGACCACCCUGUUGGAGGAGGUCCUCGAUUACGAUAAGCACCGUGUCUAUGUCUACUCGUGUCUAAAAUGUUCUUGGUAGAUCUUCCAUCUUUCUAUCCGGCAACAUUCCAUUUCAGCGUUGUAAUUCUUUUAACUUUGGCCGUAACGCCAGUUUUCUCAUUUUAUUUGAAAUGCUUUCUCUAAAGGAUAUAUUCAACAUUGGCCUCUCCAUUGCUGUCUGUAUCAUGAAACCUCUAUACUCUGGGUAUUGAGAUUUUUGAAGAGGAAGAACUGAUGUAAGUAGGGAAAAAUAGAAGAGAAGAGAUUUAAGACUCUAAUGAAGAGGGGCUUAGCUCAGACGAACAAAUCAAAUGGGCAGAGAGACACUAAAUCUCAAGUGAGUAUUCGGGCUAGCUUCAGUACAUUGAAUAUUGCCUUUAGAGAUAUAAAACAGAUAGACGGGAUAAUGAACUGAUGGAAACAAGGAAGAAAAUGAGACCUGUUAAUACAAAACUUAAUACGACUAGAUAAGACCACUGGAGAUAGAUCGAUAUAAAAAGGAUGAUAAAGAGAGAAGAAAAGGGCGCCAACUCAACAAUGGUUGAGAUUUUUGAAGUAACGAAUGACAGGAAAUAAUUGACACUGCAUACAAUCACCUGAAAUACAAAUAUACUCAAUACUUACCUUUUCUUGCUAUAUUAUAUACUGGUGAUACAGACUGAAAUAAAACAUCAACCUUACUUCUUACAAAUAUAUUAAUAAUAAAUAUGUUAUAUAUAUUAACAAUUUAACAUAUAACUCAAAAACAGAAUAACAGUGGUAGUGGGUGGUGUAAAGGUCAAACAGGACCUAAGAGCCGCUAGCAAGCAAAUAACCACUACACACUGUGCCAAGCAAAGGUAUUAAUAUCACAAUCAAAUCAAAGUCCGUUAGAAUAGCACAAAGUCCUUACAACUAAAAAGUUAGUAAUAUUACCUUAAUGAGCUCAACUAUAGUGAGAUACACGAGUAGAACAUACACGAGUAGAAUGAGAAUUCGAAGUCUAUAGGAAUGUCCUCUUGGCACGGCAAAACUACUUGGCUGCUGUGGUGAUAACGUCCUGGGUAAAAAUGCUGGUUGUAGUAAAAUCAGGUAUGGUGUAUUAUCCAACAAAAACAGCCAACUCUAUGGAUAAACCAUAACAGAGUGGCUAGCAAUCUAACUGGUAUAAUUAGAUAAACGAGUGAGGUAAAGUUUUCAAGUGACUGAAUCUAAAAUGUAAAUUUUAUCAAAUUUCAGUCAUUAUGUAUUUCAAUAAAUGUAGCAGUACAGAUUGAACAGGCCCAAACAAAACAUUAGGUUAGGUAUAGAUAUGUCAUGUCAAAAUUUCUGGAGCUAAUUUCAAUGCAGGCAUGACAUGGUCAUGCGCAUGACAGAAGGCUAUAUGAUAUUCGUUAAAACCUUUUUAUAUAUUACCUUAAUAAAAAAAAAUGAAAGAAAAAGCCUAAUGAUAGGACAUGAAAUACAUUGGAAUUUAAGUUUGACAAUAGGAAAAAACUUGACCUUAUGUUCUUUGCAAAUAUUUAAAGGAUAUGAGCUAUACUUUGAAAUUUAAAUUAUUUCUUAAUCAAAAUUAACAACUACAAAUAACGGACGGAAUAUGUACAAUGAUGUAUUGGAUUUUAUGACGAAGAAAUGAGAGAUAUAUAAAUUUAUUACUUACUGAAACAAGCAGACACGUCCCGCUAAUAUACUUCUGUUAUGUGGAGAAGUCCAGAGAUAUUUAAUUUUGGUUUGGUAGAUUUUUCAAAUGGUAUCGACUGAUGUUGGCUUUCCUUUUAAUUAUAUAUACUCCAUUACCAUUGAAAAUUUUGCUUUAAAUUCCGUCACUUAACAAUGAGAAAAAUUCUCAAUAGCGGCGUGUCCACCUUAGUUAAAGAGUUUGACCCAACUACCGUUCGAAUCGAGAAAUCAAUUCGGCUUGAGGUUUUCGCGCGUGAGCAGAGAAAUGUCGUUUUAAAAUCGAUCGCGGGCGUAUCACAAGGCAUUUCUUGAGGGGUAUUAUUAAUGGAAUUUUAAUGGAAUUAAUUUAAUUAAGAGCGUAACCGCUACAGUCACUUGUAUUUUAUUGAUUACUUUUCUGGUAAGGGUCAAAUUUUCUGUUCCAUAGAACUGGGAGUACACAUUCAUCUCGAAUGCUUUGAUAAUUGUGUUAACAACACGAUGCACUCGUUCUACUGUCGAGUGUUUCUGAUGAGACCCAAAUUGAUAGUCUGAGAUUAAGUUUUUUGCUGCGACACUUUCCAUCAGUCUCUUGAUCAGUAACUUUUCCAUUAUUUUUGACAAGACUGAUUGGUCAAUAGGGCUAGGUUCAUUUGGCUGUUUUCUCUGUUUACGAAUUAAUAUGAUUUCUGCUUCCUUCCUUUGUGCAGUUAAGUAUUUGAGUCUUAGAACUGCGUUGAAGAGUUGCGUCAGCAUAACGACCGCUUUUCUCGGAAGUUCUUUUAAUAUCUGGCCGGUAAUCAGGCCAUAUUCAGGAGCCUUCUUGGGGUCUAAGUGAUAUUUUAUAACGUCGUAAGUUUCUUGUAUUGUAAAGUUUUUAAUGGGCUUUAUUUGUUGCUCAUUUUCGUCAAGAAAUGCAUAUAUUUAGUCGUCAUUAAUUCCGUUUGCAGGUGGUAACAGGUGAAAUACUUCCUCAAAUAUCUACCGAAAACUUCUACCUUUUGUCCAUCAGGUACCAUCAGAUUUUCUAAGUGGUGACCUGUCAGGUAAAAUAAACAAACUUUAUUGAUUUGUUACCAUUUCAUACUUUGCCUCUGCUAUAAUUUACGUUUUUAUCUUUUUGUAAAAUAAUAUACAAAGCCAUUAAAAAGUAUGUUAUAUAUAAAUAUAUAAAUAAAUGUUAAAAUACUUAUUUUAGUAAGAAGUUCAGUGUACAGUUGAUAUUAAAUGUAUAUGUGUGUCGGAUAUAAAGCUUUUGUAGUAACAUUUUUAUAAUUUAUCGUAACAAGUCCAUUGAAGUAAAAUGGAUGUACGUAGUUGCUAGACAAUGUUUGUGUUUUUGUAUUGCCAAACACCUAGCAAGAAUUUUAAACGUAGAGACAAAAAUAGUCAGGUCACGUUAUGGAACUAAGGUUAUUUCACUACUGAGACAUAUAUAUUUCAUUAGUUUAAUAAUGAAAGCUGAAUUUAUAAACAAUUUUGUGUUUUUACCAUAAAAUAUAUAUUGGUCAAACACGUAGACGGUUAAAAAACUUGUAAACAGCAUAAACAUUUUGCAACAACAUAAGAGAAUAAAGUUUAUGAGUGGAAUAACCUCUUUGUUUUUUGAUAGUUUUUGUUUACGUAGCAUUACGUUUGGGGAGUGAAUAUUUGUAAAAUGCAUAAAAAUAGAGGAUAACGAAGUUUGUUGAAAGAGGGUAUUGCAAAAGAAUUAACGCUAAAAAUUGUAGGUAGUAAUUAUAUUCUUUUAAACCUUUACACAAUUAUUACACAAAAAUGUUAAUCAGAAAAAAUAACAAAUGUAUAUUUCUGAAAAAUUAUCGAAUAUUAUCUGAUAUCUUAUAUUGAAGAUAUCAUCGUUGGUGAAAGACAAAUUUUCUUUUAACUUGUAUCUAGAUAGAGCUAGGCUAGAGCACUGGCUUGUUUUCAUACCUGAGCCAGUGCCAGUCUCAAUCAUCACAAAGAGAAAAAUCAAAUAAGCAUCCCCAUCUUACGUAAUAAAGAAAAAUGUAUAGGAAUCUCUUCGCCAAUACUAAAAGAAAUCAGCAACAAGAACAUAUCAACAUUAAUUAAUAAAUAGAAGUUCAGAGAGACAUCAUCUACAAUUAUACAUAAACACCAAAACAAAAACCAGAAUUUGAUAUCAACCCGGGGGUGAAAUUACCGCCCCUAGAAUUUUUAACUCAAAACAGGGCUUUUUUGUCUACAAGAUCGAGGCCAAGUAAGACACCUGUCAAAUUGGUUUAACAAAUGGUUUCAGAACCUCUUUAUAAAUUAUGUUUUAUUGUUCAGAAAAUAAAGUAGUGAAAGAGUUUGUCUUUUAUCAAUCACAGAAUUAUAUUAUCAUUGAUCUUCUUUAUCAGACAUGUUAAAGGAUAAAGUAGUAUAUUUUCUAUAUUCAGUAUUAAAAGUAAAAUAACCCCAAAGAAUCUCUCGAAUUAAACCCACAUAUUUAUUUAUUAAACCCUUUAGUAUAAAAAUGACAAUAAAAAAUAAAUCACGAAAAGAUAUUAUUAAAAACUAUCUAUUUUAACACAUAUCCCUAAAAAACCAAAAAAUUAAAAUUCUUAUUUCCUGCAUGGAAAGAUGCACAAAAGGAAGAAGACCUUUCAUUUCUGCUGCUUGAUGAUGUAUAGAAUGUUGCAUAGAUACAUUGUUCCUCGUGAAGGUGAUAGUGUAGAAGCUUUAGCAAUAAAUAUCUUACAGAUAUUUUUUCGAUAAGUAGCAUUUUUCAUACCUCUACACUAACUACUUAGAACUGCGUCCAAUACCAGGAGAGUUUUUUUAUAUUUUUAAAUAUAAGUGUAAGAACACACGAGCCACUCUGCAGCGCCACAAAGUGGCUUAGGCAGGUGAUUUUGUAGCGAAGUGUUCGUGUGGAAGGGUUUUGCGUUUAAUGUAAUCAGUGAGAAAAAUCAGUCAGUUCAACGAUGGAUUCAGACGAGGAAAGUCUUCUUCUAUACUAAAAGCCACAGUUAGUAUGCAGUGCGGGUAGCAUGGUAAUGUAUUUCUUACCGGAGAACGGCCGACCACGUUGCCGAUUUACCCCGAGCGGUGCAUUAGGACCGGAUUUAAGAAUUAUAGCACUGGAAUAUACGCGCACACAACAAUCGCCUACGGUUCUGUACCACUGUGCCGACAUGAGCGGCAUCCAUGCGCGCCGUAAGACUAACAUUGCAUUCUAACUCUGGCUUUUACUUUAGUGCUUGUAUUACGGCGUCGAAGUAAACGUAAUCAAUGAUCACUAUGGAUGCUUCCGAUUACAUCGGACAUAUUAUUAACCAGACAAUACUGUACAUUAAUAAUGAAUUAAAGGCAGACGCUGAAAAGUACUUCAAUUACUGUAGAAUGUCCAAAGGUACUUCGACGAGUUUUAUAGUUAUCUAAAGAACAUUUGAAAGAAUCGAUAUAAAUACGAGCUGUAGUCCGGGGUUAUUGUAUGUCAUAUAGCCGGUAUAUUUGGAAUUUCGAUCAAAAACCUUUCGAAAUCGGAAAGACGUUUUACUUGCUCAUCGUGUGAACUCUCGUAAAGAACUGUGCCAGCUAGAAAAGUGGCCCGUCUGAAAAGGUUCCUGCGACUUGUGGAUGCCACUAGUAGCGGGGACCGGCGACUGAUAGCAAACGUGGCGGGCCACUGUCGCUCGUCUGGAAUUGCACUUUUGUAAUCAUCUGGAAGCUACUCUGUGGCGCUCAAAGUGGCCCGUGUGUUUGUACACUAAAGGAUAACUUAUUAAUUUGAAGUGAAAUUGUGGAUGUUAUUCAUAUACAUUUUGUUUUCUGUUUUUUAGGUAUAUCAGUAACAUAUUUUUCACUUCGUUUUGAUUGUUAAUAUUAAAAUGGUUUACUAUGAUUUCUGUAUGGAAUAAAUAGUACACUUGUUCAAAUUAUCUGAGGUGUUCUAAGAGUUAGUUGGAAUGGGUGAAUUAUUAUUUUGGUUUAUGUUAAUAUAAGUUGCAUCUCAUUUUAUUAUUAAGAACGUGAUUUUAUUUUUUUCCUGUUUGAAUGUAUAAAACCUUUCGUAUGUGUAAUAUUUAUGUUAUUAAUAAAUGUUAAUAUUAAAA